UUGCCUCGCCCGCCCCAUGCUGCAGCUCUCGUCGACCUUGGCCCGCGUCGCGCGCCGCGUGUCGCCCUCGCGCGCCGUCCGCGCCGCCUUCUCCACGAGCCCAGACCUCUGGGAGACCAUCCAGCGCCGCGACGGCCGCACCAUGUAUUUCAACAAGGUGACAAAGGAAGGCACGUUCAAGAACCCGUUCGAGGCGGCGCCGGUGACGACGCCCGCGACGGCGGCCUCGCCUGAAGCGCCGGCCGCGGCGACCGAGGCGACCGACCUCCAGGAAGCCGACAACUGGGAACCGAUCGACUUUGCCAAGGCGGCGCGCAUCGAAGGCUCCGAGUCGCAAAUCGUUCACAUUGACAUUGGUCCCAAGCAGAAGCUGCGCACCGAGAGCGGCGCGAUGAUCUACAUGACGGACGGCGUCGAGAUGGAUACGACGACGGCCGGCGGCUUUCGCCAAGGUCUGACGCGCAUGGUCACGGGUCAAAACUUUUUCGUGACCGAGUACACGUACAAGGGCUCGUCCAAGGGCACGGUCGCAAUGGGCACCUCGGUUCCCUCCAAGAUUUUGCACAUGCGUCUCGACGAUUUUGGCGGGUCACUCAUUUGCCAGAAAGGCGCGUUUCUGUGUGGCAGCCACACGAUUGGCAUUGAAAUGGAGUUUACCAAGAACUUUGGCGCGGGCUUUUUUGGCGGCGAAGGCUUUAUUCUCCAGCGCCUCAACGGACCUGGCGACGCGUUCAUUUCGGCCAACGGCGCGCUCAUUGAACGCACGCUCGCGCCGGGCGAGGUCCUUCGCAUCUCGAGCGGCUGCCUCGUCGCGUUUGAACCGAGUGUGCACUUUGACAUUAGCCGUGUCGGCGGCGUCAAGAACGUUCUCUUCAGCGGCACCGGCCUCUUUGUGACGACGCUCACAGGUCCCGGCCGCGUCUACUUGCAAGGGCUUCCGUUCGACCGCAUGGUCGGUGAAAUCGCGUCGCGCAUUCCUGGCGGCGGCGGUGGUCCGAUCAUCAUGCCGAUGGGUCUCGGCGGCGGCAGUGGCGCGGCCGAUGCGGCCGGUGGCGCCGUGGCUGGCGACGUGGCCGGUGGCGCGAUCGCUGGUGACGGCCUUGACGCGCCGAUUGCGUCGUCGCCGUCGGAUGCAUCCAUGUUUGGCAUGUCGGACGCGCCCCCAGCGGACGCUGGAUUCCAAGAGGCGAGCGGUUUUGAUGCGCCGCCCGAGAUGGACGCGGACCCGAACGAGUUUGUUGCAGAAGAGUUUGACACGGACGCCGCGAGCGACACGGUCGAAGCCGUCACCGAUUUUUUCAAGCGCUUCUUUUGAGCGACAACGAGCUAAUGACAUCAGCGAUAGCAAUCAACAAUGAGCAGUAUGCAAUGC